GGAUAUGUCAACCCGUCAUGUGUAUUUCUUACUAGAAUACACGGGUUUUGCUCGGUUAAGUAUGUUACUUGUCCGUUUUUUAUGAUGAAAAGGGAGGAAACUCCAGUUUUGUUGUGAAUUGUGAGGAGCGCCAUGUAACACUCACUGCGAAUAAAGAAGAAUGUUUAACUCCCCAAAACGGGUUGAGGUUUAUGUGUUCACAAGACGUUCUGAAGAAAAACGUAAACUGCAGAGAAAUCUGGUAUAUGUGGUGGAGUACAAGAAGGACGGCGACAACGUGAAUGUCACGGUAGAAAUGCAGGGGUUCGACCAGCCCAUGAACUUCUCGUGGACACCGGGGGUGGAAUUCGAGUACGUGGGACUUGAUGGCACCAACAUGAAGAGCACCUUCAGAUGGGACGGAAGUGCUUGCCGUGAGGAACACGCCUCUGUUACUGGAAUGUGGACCUCGGUCAGAACUGUGGAUGGAGAUUCAAUGACGCUGACAUCUGAGUGCAAUGGCGUCAGCAUGGUUGAGAAGUUUAAACGUGUGUGAUGUCAGCGGAACCACACCCCCAUGAAACCCUUGCCGGUCGCCAUGUUUGAAAUUGUAUCAUAUGACAUAUGCUUGACUUUAGGUUUUGAAAAUAAUAAAAAAAUUGAUAUUA